AUGAGCUGCAGCCUUUUUCUCCUGGCUUUUGUCCUGGGCAUGACUGGAACCUUCCACUAUGGAUUGCAGGUCUCUAUUAUCAAUUCUCCUGCUGAGUACAUCCAAAGUUUCAUCCAUGACACCUGGCUGAAGAGAUAUGGCUCCUCUCCCAGUGCAGAGAUGAUCACGUUGAUGUGGUCCCUCAUUGUCUCCAUCUACAGCAUCGGUGGGCUCCUGGGCUCCUCAGCUGCUGGCUACUUGUGUGUUCGAUUUGGAAGGAAGAAGGCCAUGCUGCUUUCCAACAUCCCUGCUCUGCUGGGUGCAGCUCUGAUGGGACUCAGCCGGCUGUGUGGAUCUUUUGAGAUGAUCAUUGCUGGAAGGUUAUUUUCUGGAGUCUGUGGAGGUUUGACUCAGAAUGUCCAUAUCAUGUAUGCCGGGGAGUGUGCUCCACGGAAGCUGCGUGGGCUGAUUGCCAUAACAGCUGCUACCUUCUCUGCUCUUGGAAAAUUUGUAGGAUUUGUUCUGGGUCUCAGAGAAGUUCUUGGAGUGGAGGCUCUCUGGCCCAUUCUGCUGGCAGCCAAUGCAGUCCCUGUCCUUGUUCAGUUUCUCACCCUCCCCUUCUUCCCAGACUCUCCCCGCUACCUGCUCAUUGACCAAAAGGACAAGGAGGCAUGCAUCAAAGCUGUGAAGCAGCUCUGGGGGGAUGGGGACCAUCUGGCUGAAAUAAAUGACAUGAUGUCAGAGCAGAGAGCCAUCGGUGGCGAGAAGGCGAAGAGCGUCUGGGACCUGCUGCGGGACAGAGCCGUGCGCUGGCAGCUCAUCACUCUGUUCCUCGUGGUCUCCUGCAUCCAGCUCAUCGGGGCCAAUGUGGUUUACUCUUAUGCAUACAGUAUCUUUACAAAGGCUGGAAUCCCCCCUGCUCAAACCCAUUAUGUCUCCCUGGGGAUUGGGACCACUGAGAUCCUCUCCACAGUUCUGUGUGGCUUCCUCAUCGAGCGUGCGGGGAGGAAGACGCUGCUGUGGAAAAGCUAUGCCGUGAUGGCCUUGGCUCUAGGGCUCCUCACAGCCACACUGUCACUGCAGGACUCCUUUUUCUGGGUACCAUACUGCUCUGUUGCACUUGUCUUUAUUUUCAUCAUGAGCUUUGGCAUUGGGCCAGGUGGAGUAGUAUGCCCCUUGAUCACUGAAAUAUUUAUUCAGUCAUACAGACCAGCUGCUUAUGUUUUUAAUGGUGUUGUAAACUGGAUCCAACUCUUCCUCCUUGGGCUUGUGUUCCCUUUCAUUGUGGAAGGGCUUGGUAAUUUCUGUUUCAUCAUUUUCCUGACAUAUUGUCUGUCCAUGGCUAUUUUUGUACUGCUGGUGCUGCCAGAGACCAAAGGAAAGACCAUGCUGCAGGUCAAGGAGGAGUUCAACCGCCUGAACUACCGUGGAAAGAAGGGGCAGGCAGCCCUGCAGCAGAGUAACUGCUCAGUGGUGACUGUUACUAGGCUUUAA